CAAAGGACGGCAGCCCCUCAUUCAUGGGGAUUCCUCCAAGCCGGUGACUCCACCGUGGUUGUAAGCUCGGGGGAUGGCGCGCUGCGAGACGGAGAAAUUUGGGAUUGGCUGCUUGGACGGCAUGUCGCCGGCAUGUGUCGUUGAGGGAUGGCUACCUACAUAUCAAGUGCGCAACAUGCUUCAUCAUCCGUCGUCAUCCGGGUGUUUCUCCGUUCUCCAACUCUUUGAGUCUCACUCCUCCCUUCUUCACCUUCAUUCUAUCCUACUUUCCUCCUACCCCUCCCCCUCACCGUUGUAACCUCCAACCAGCCUUGUCCUAACACCACCAUGGCCGCUACCACGGCACCCGGCCAAGGUCUCGUCCUUGGCUACAACUCCGUCCACCCCUUCUCCGCCAUCCCCCUUUCCGACCGGGCGUCGGUCCAGGCCCUGCUCGCGGCCCUGCUCGACCCGCUCGAGCCCUUCUUCUCGCCGCGCAAGGCCCGCGUGCGCUGCCCGGGGGCCACGGCCGUGCGCUUCGACCAGACGGCCUCGGAGGUCGAGGGCUUCUGCCGGCCGCUGUGGGGGCUCGCCUGCCUGCUCGCCGGCGGCGGCAGCUACCGCGGCACGCAGUGGUGGAUCGACGGCAUCCGCGCCGGCACGGACCCGGACGACGCCGACGAGUACUGGGGCUACCCGCGGGACAACGACCAGCGCAUGGUCGAGAUGUGUCCGCUGGGCUACGCGCUGGCGGCGGCGCCGCAGAUCUGGGCGGGGCUGAGCGAGCGGGAGAGGAGGAAUGUCGAGGCCUGGCUGGGGAACUCGGUCAAUGAGAAGAACAUGCCAAAUACGAACUGGCUCUGGUUUCGCGUGUUUGCCAACUUGGGCCUGAAGAAGAACGGCGGCAAGUUCUCGCAGGAGCGGCUGGAUGCUGAUAUCAAGCAUCUGGACACGUUCUACCGCGGAGAUGGCUGGUCCAACGACGGGCCGGAGGGGAUCCAUCAGAUGGACUACUACUCAUCUAGCUUUGCGAUCCAUUUCCUCCAGCUUCUCUACGCCAAGUUGGCCGGCGAUGAGGAUCCGGAGCGCGCAGCAGAGUUCAAGAAGCGGGCCCAGUUAGUCGCGCUGGACCUGGCACACUACUAUGACGAGGAGGGGCGUGCUAUCCCCUUCGGCCGCAGCGUCGGCUACCGCUUUGCCAUGGUCUCGUUCUGGGGCGCCCUCGCCUACGCCGACGUCGAGCUGCCGGCGCCCCUGACCUGGGGCAUGGUCAAGGGCAUCGUCCUGCGCCACCUGCGCUGGUGGCAAACGCAGCGCGACAUCUGGAGCUCGAGCGGCACGCUGACUAUCGGGUACUCGUACCCGAACAUGUAUAUGGCCGAGAACUACAACAGCCCUGGCAGUCCGUAUUGGGCGUGCUUGGCCUUCAUCUGCCUCGCGGUGCCCGAGACCCACCCGUUCUGGACAUCAAAGGAGGAGAACCACUGGGACGUGAUUCCCAAGAUCAAGGCUCUCAAGCACCCGGGCCAUAUCAUGAGCAACCUCGGCGGGCACUGCAUGCUCCUCUCCUCAGGCCAAGCCUGCUCCUACCCGAUGAAAGGCACGCACGCCAAGUACGGCGCCUUCGCCUACUCCUCGGCCUACGGCUAUUCGGUGCCGCCGGGCCUGUUCACGCUGGAGCAGUACUCGCUGGCCUCGCAGCUCGGCUUCUCCGACGACGGCGGCGAGUACUGGAAGACGCGACGGCUGUCGACGUCGAGCCUGGAGACGCGCGGGCCGGACGCCACGCCGGUGCUCGUCUCGCUCUGGUCGCCCUUCCCGGACGUGCACGUCAAGACGUACCUGAUCCCGCCGCGGGCCGAGACGCCCAACUGGCACAUCCGGGCGCACCACAUCCGCGCCGAGGGCCGCGAGGUGCUGACGGCCGACGGCAGCUUCGCCAUCAGCAGCACGCGGACGCCCGACGGGCGGCCGCUGGACCCGUACGACGCGGCGCGCGGCGAGGGCACGCGCCCGCGGCUGAUCGGCAACUACGACCUGGCGACGCCCGAGGCGUGGGCCGACGGCGCCGACGGCGCCUUCGCCGUGUCCAAGGGCGCGGUGGGCAUCCGCGCGCUGGAGGGCCGCGUCGGCGCCGCGGCCGGCGGGGCGCGGAGCAGCAAGAGGACGGCGAUGCUGGUGAACGCGGAUCCGAACUCGAACUUGAUCGAGAGCCGGACGACGAUCCCCACGCUGCAGGGCGUGGUGGCCAAGGGGGAGAGUGUGUGGUACGUGACGGGCAUCUACGCCAAGCCGAGCGGGAAGGGGGUGCCGAAGGAAGAGUACCUCAGCGGGUGGGAGGUGCUGCCGGAGGUGCCGGCGUGGUUGAGGGAGGAGAUGGGGAGCAAGUGAGCCGAGAGCGUGAAUGUCCUGUUAUACAACGAACUGAGGUGCAGGUGCACAGGAACAAAAUGUUUUGCUCUAUUCAGCCCGGUCGUUGAACGGGCCGAGAUGCAGCCGUUGUAUGCAAAAGAUCCGCUUUGUUGAAAAACCAAUGCUGCCCCCCUCCGCCGCCCCUGAUAUUUGACUCACACACACUGCCGCCAGACGCUAGGCGUGUUAGAUCACGCCUUUGCAAAUGCCUCGAUAAACUUGGCAAGCUUCUCGGCCCCCUCCAGAGGAAUUGAAUUGUAGUUGCUCGCCCGGAUCCCACCAACGCUGCGGUGCCCCUUGAGGCCCGUCAAUCCCUGGCUGGCGGCCUCCUUGAGGAAGGCCUUUUCGGCCUCGUCAACAUUGCCGUU